GUGCAGUACAUCAUCGGCGUCGGUGUCCUGUCCAUGCCCUUCGCCUUCGCGUCGGCCGGUAUCGGCCUGUCGCUGGUCAUCCUGACCCUGGUGACCAUCAUCUCCUAUGUGACGAUGGUCUGGCUGAUCGAGGUCCUGGCGCGUAUCGAGUGCCUGCAUGCCAUCGGCGCCAUCACCGCCGAGGGUGCUCCGGCCGACACCGUCGACCUGGAGGCCUCGCGCUCUCUCAUCAUCAACCCCCACGACAGCGGCCUGAACGUGGUCCCUGGCGAUCGCAUGCAGACCUCCACCUCCCCCCCGAGCGGCACCAUGACCCCCUCGCCCGAGUCGCUGAUUGCCUCGGCUCGGCGCUUCAUGCAGAUCACCGACCGUAAGUUCGAGCUCAACGAGGUCACCGGCUUCUUCCUGGGCAAGGCGUGGCAGCGCUUCUUCGAGGUGGCCAUGUGCCUGUAUCUCUUCGGCGCGCUCUGGGGCUUCGCCUCGGUCUUCGGCACCACCUUCGGUGAGACCAUUCCCUUCAUCGGUCUCUCCAGCAAGACCUGGCCCUGCUCUUUCUAUGGCGACCCGGCCAACCUCCCCUCCGAGUGCAUGGCUUCCUACCAGCUGUAUGUGGUCAUCUUCGCCCUGCUGGUGGUCCCCCUGUCGCUGAAGGACAUGUCCGAGCAGACUUUCAUCCAGAUUGCCCUCUGCAUUGUUCGCUUCGCUUCCUUCUUCGUCAUGGUCCUCUGGUGCCUGAGCUUCCUCUUCGUCGAGCCCUAUGACCCCUCCAUCCCGGAUCCCGGCAGCCCGCCCUACAUCGCGCCCGGCCUGUCCUGGUUCAACAUGGGUGGCUUCGGCAUUGCCUUCUCCACCUGUGUCUUCGCCCAGCUCACCCACCACUCGGCCCCGGGUCUGGCCCAGCCGACCAAGGACAAGUCCAAGCUGGCCGUCGUCUUCCUGGCUGCCCUGGUGGUGACCUUCUUCUUCUAUGCCAUCCUCGGCACCACUGUCGCCCUGUACUUCGGCCCCUCCACCCAGCCGAUGGUCAGUCUCAACUGGCAGUUCAUUGGCGGCACCCCGGCCGGCCAUAGCUACCCCUGGUGGGAGUACCCCCUGCGCUACUUCAUCCUCUUCUUCCCCGUGGCGGUGGCCAUCUCGGCAUACCCCCUGACGGCCAUCACCUUCGCCAAUACCGUCUACGCCGCGCUCCCCGCCGGCUGGACCAAGCAGCAGACCUGCCCCCGCUGGCGCCUGGGCACCCGGCUUUUCGCCACCCUGCCGCCCAUUGCUUGCGGUCUCAUCAUGUUCGAGCUGUCCACCAUCGUCCAGUUCACCGGUCUCUUCGGUGUCUUCAUUGCCUUCCUCUUCCCGGCCCUGCUGCAGUGGCGGUCUCGCCGCGCGGUCCGCAGCGCUCUCGGCCUGACCGACGGCAGCUCCGAUGACAUGCUCAAGACCCCGUACACCAUGCCCUACAUUAGCUCCGACAUCGCCACCUACCUGGUUGGGCUCUUCGGCUUUGGCAGUCUCGGCCUCAUGAUCGCCCUGAUCAUCUCGCCCGAUCUGUUCGGCUAAAUGCGCGGCGCACGGCGUCCUCCCUCCCUCGCCCCCCCCCCCCUCCCCCCUCC